UCUCUCUUUGAUUUUUAAUCUCCACAAAGUUUCUCUUAGGAAUCAGCUGUUUGCAUUUGAUGGCUUUUGAGGAGCUUUUAAGUCAAGUUGGAGGUAUGGGAAAAUUCCAGAUCUUUCAGUUUUUUAUAACUCUUCCCUCUCACAUGGUAGUAGUAGCUCAUAUACUAUUGGAGAACUUCACUGGAGCCAUUCCUGGUCAUCGUUGUUGGGUUCCCAUCCUUGAUAACAACACUUUUUCUGAUAAUGAUACUGGGAUCCUCAGCCAAGAUGCCCUCCUGAGAAUCUCCAUCCCACUGGAUUCAAACAUGAAGCCAGAGAAUUGCCGUCGCUUUAUCCAUCCCCAGUGGCAGCUCCUUCAUCUGAAUGGUUCAAUACCCAACACCAGUGAGCCAGAUAUGGAACCCUGUGUGGAUGGCUGGGUGUAUGAUAGAAGCUCCUUCUCCUCAACCAUUGUGACUGAGUGGGACCUAGUAUGUGAUUAUCGGCUAUUGAAAUCAGCAGCUCAGUUUAUAUUUAUGACUGGAAUGCUAGUGGGAGGCCUCAUAUAUGGUUAUCUCUCAGACAGGUUUGGGCGAAAGUUGGUUCUCCUAUGCUCUUACCUCCAGAUGAGCAUUUGUGAGACCUCUACUGCCUUUGCUCCCACCUUCUCCAUUUACUGCUCUCUACGCUUCUUGGCAGGCUUUUCUUCCACAGUCCUUUUGUCAAAUGCUUGUAUACUUGCUUUAGAGUGGAUAAGGACCCAGUCUAAACCCAUGGUAAUAGUACUAACAACCUGUGCCCUCAGUGUGGGGCAGAUAAUCCUGGGAGGCCUGGCCUUUGUCUUUCGAGAGUGGCGCACCCUGCAGCUGGUAUUGUCUGUACCUUUAUUUGCCUUCUUUCUCUUCUCAAGGUGGCAGGUGGAAUCUGCUCGGUGGCUGAUUAUCACAAAUAAACCAGACAAGAGUUUAAAGGCACUUAAAAAAGUUGCACACAUAAAUGGAAUGAAGAAUGCUGAAGGAACCUUAAACAUAGAGGUUGUAAGAUCUAUCAUGCAAAAAGAGCUGGAUGCAGCACGGACCAAAACUAAUAUGUGGGACUUUUUCAGCACACCCAAUAUGCGUAAAAGGACCUGUCUCAUAUCCUUUAUGAGAUUUGCAAAUGCAGUAUCCUUUUAUGGCAUCACAUUGAAUCUUCAGCACUUGGGGAGCAAUAUUUUCUUGUUACAGGUACUUUUUGGAGUGCUCACCUUAUCAGCACGAUUUCUUGCACUUUUUGCAAUGACUUAUAUGAGCCGUCGAGUAAGCGAGAUGUUGUUCAUGCUCCUGGCGGGACUUUCCAUUUUAGUCAACACAUAUGUGCCCCAAGAAAUGCAGACCGUGCGCACAGUGUUGGCAAGUGUGGGAAUCACCUUUACUGCUGCUGCUUCCGCUAUUAUUACUCUCCAUUUCGUGGAACUCUUUCCUACCUGCUUAUUAAGAAUUGUUAUUUAUUCCCCCAGGGGAAAAGCUGCAGGAUUAGAAUUCCUGGCUAGUAGAACUGGGGGAGCACUGGCUCCCCUCUUGAUGGCUCUAACGAUAUAUUUUACCACUUUGCCCUGGAUCAUCUAUGGAGUCUUCCCUAUCAUUGCUGGUCUUUCUGUCUUCUUCCUACCUGAAACUAAGGAUCUGCCUCUGAUUGACACUAUCCAGGAUGUGGAAAAUGAGUGA